AUGGAGCUUGGAGGGGCCUUCACCAUUUUCAUGGCACUCUGCCUGUCCUGCCUGUUCAUCCUCCUGGCCUGGAAACGAGUCACCAGGGGAGGGAAGCUCCCCGCCGGCCCCACACCAAUACCUUUCCUGGGGAACCUGCUCCAAGUCCGCACGGACGCCAUGUUUCAUUCUCUCAUGAAGCUUCAGGAAAAAUACGGCCCUGUGUUUACUGUGUACCUGGGUCCCCGGCCAGUGGUCGUUUUAUGUGGACACGAGGCCGUCAAGGAGGCCCUGGUAGACAAAGCAGAUGACUUCAGUGGCCGCGGAGAGAUGCCCACCUUGGAGCGAAACUUCCAAGGUCAUGGUUUGGCCCUGGCCAACGGAGAACGAUGGAAGAUCCUCCGACGUUUUUCCCUGACUGCCCUCCGAAACUUUGGCAUGGGGAAACGGAGCAUUGAGGAGCGGAUCCAGGAAGAGGCUGGGUACCUACUGGAGGAAUUUCGGAAGACCAAGGGUGCCCCCAUCGACCCCACCUUCUACCUGAGCCGCACCGUCUCCAACGUCAUCAGUUCCGUCGUCUUCGGGAGCCGCUUCGACUAUGAGGACAAGCAGUUCCUGAGCCUGCUGCGGCUGAUCAACGAGAGCUUCAUUGAGAUGAGCAUCCCCUGGGCACAGGUGUAUGACAUGUACUCUGGAGUCCUGCAGUACUUGCCAGGAAGACACAAUCGUCUCUACUACUUGAUAGAGGAUCUUAAGGACUUUGUCGCAUCCAGGGUCAAGUUAAACGAAGCAUCUCUUGACCCCCAAAACCCCAGGGACUUUAUUGACUGUUUCCUCAUCAAGAUGCAGCAGGAGAAAAGCAAUCCUCACACGGAGUUCAACCUCAAGAACUUGGUCCUCACGACCCUCAACCUCUUCUUUGCCGGCACGGAAACCGUGAGCUCCACCCUCCGCUAUGGGUUUCUGUUACUGAUGAAGCACCCCGAGGUAGAGGCCAAGGUCCACGAAGAGAUUAACCAGGUGAUCGGACCACACCGUACCCCAAGUGUGGAUGACCGGGUCAAGAUGCCCUACACGGAUGCUGUCAUCCAUGAGAUACAGAGACUGACAGACAUUGUGCCCCUGGGUGUCCCCCAUAAACUCACCCGGGACACUCAUUUCCAAGGCUACUUUCUGCCCAAGGACACAGACGUGUACCCCCUGCUUGGCUCAGUCCUCAGGGACCCCAAGUACUUCCGCUAUCCACAUGUGUUUUAUCCUCAACACUUCCUGGACGAACAGGGACGCUUCAAGAAGAAUGACGCCUUUGUAGUAUUCUCCUCUGGAAAGCGCAUCUGCGUGGGGGAGGCCCUGGCCCGCAUGGAGCUGUUCCUGUACUUCACCUCCAUCCUUCAGAACUUCUCCCUUCGCCCCCUGGUGCCUCCUGCAGACAUUGACAUCACUCCCAGGAUCUCGGGGUUUGGAAACAUCCCUCCAAAUUAUGAGCUCUGCCUUGUGGGUCGUUGA